AUAGACUAGUGCAGUAUAGUACUAACUUAAAGUUCUGUGGAUUUUCAUUAAAAAUAUAUUUCAUAUUAAGGCAUUAUAUUAGCGAUUAUUAUAUAUGUAGAUCUAUAGAUACAUUUGAAGACUUACCUCUAAGACAUUAUUUUAUUAAUUUAAACCAUAAAUAACAAAAUAUUAAUAAUGCUGUAUUUUUAUAGUUAAUAAUUUGUUUAAAAUUUACAAGCUAAAGAUAUUGCGUUUUAUGGCCACAAAAUGACAGCUAUUACAACAAAUAAAUGGAGUUGGGAUAAUUUGAUAAAAAAUGUUCUGUGUCUCACACAUCCGGAUAAGUCUUGGACACCUGACAUAUUCAUGACGUGGACGCAACGUUUUUUCACCCAAGUGCUAACUUAUGGAGAGAUACCAAAACAUGUAGCGUUUAUUAUGGAUGGAAGUUAUGGCGAGAAAAAUUGUAUUUCUGCGCAAGAAAGCUAUGCAAAAGGGUUUGACAAAUUAGUUGAAACAUUACAAUGGUGCUUACAUUUGGGUAUAAAAGAAGUUACCGUGUACGCAUUCAGUUUACAUAACUUUAAGCGAACCCGAGAAGAAAUCGAUGCAUUGUUUGAGGAAGUAAAAACAUUUUUAGAAGAAAGAGAUAGGUUGAAUGAACUAGGCGUAUGUAUUAAUUUUUUUGGCAACAUCAAAAAAUUACCUGAUGAUUUGGUUAAAUUAUUCGCAAAAUCAAUGCUUAUAACAAAACAAAACAAUAAGAUAUCAUUAAAUGUUGCAUUUUCUUAUACUGGACAUGAUGAAUUAACAAAUGCAUUCAAACAAAUAUCUCAUGGUAUUAAAAAUAAUAAUUUGGAAGAAUCAGAUUUAUCAGUGGAAAUUUUAGAUAGUUGCAUGUACACUUAUCCGUCCCCACCCCCUGAUUUAUUAAUACGCACAUCUGGUGAGACCAGACUGAGUGAUUUUAUGUUAUGGCAGUGUUCUUACAGCUACAUUUAUUUUACAUCAGUCUUAUGGUCAGAACUUACUGCGUGGGACUUUAUGAUCGCUAUUUUCAUGUACCAAAGAAAUGUCAGAGCAUUUAUACGUUAUAAAUUACCUACUAAAAGAUUGAGUUCAAGGGCUGAACAAUUUGUUGAAAAAGUACAACAGAACCGGUUAAAUAUUCUUUAUACCAUUGCGUGAUAAUAUUAUUAUUGUUUUUUUUUUCUUAAUUUAUCAAGAUGUAUUUUAUUUACAUAGUAAUUAUUUAUUUACGUAUUUGUUAUUUAUUUUUUGUUUUUUUACAUUACGUACUGAGUACUGACCUGUAUCGGACUCGAAGUAUCGAACUUUGAUACGAUUAUACGAUCAGUAUAAUAUAUUGGUAGGUAUAACUACAUACCUAUGACCUAUCUACAUAAUUACUAUAAGUACGAAGUCGGAAGUAUUACAUAUCACCGUACUAAUACGUAUAGAAUUUUUUUUCUUGAAAAUCUUGAUGUGUCAAUACCACAAUGACAAUAUGACACCGUAGUCCGGAUACGGAUCCACCAUUCACCAGAGCACAAUAUAGAGACCUGGACCUAUAGAGAAAAUAGAGAACCUAUACGAGUAGUCGUGCAAUAGGUACAGGAUAUAAUAAUAAACAAUAAACAUUUUAAGUUUAAACUUUUAAUAUUUCUGAUUAGGUACUCAUUAAGACCUCUUCAUUAUAAUUUAUAAGUGAAUAAUGAUAAACCCGCUGAACUGUAUUGUGUGUAUUUACCUAUUAUUACUUAUCGUUAUAUAAUAUUAUAUGAUAUAUAUUAUUAUUAACUAUUCAAUUUAGUCUAAUCUAAUAAAUUAUUUUAUAAAUCACCUACAGACGGCAGACGCCAGACAAUAAAUAGAUUACAAUUUA